UUGUUCUUCUUCCUUCUCUGCUGCUGGGUCUGCAGGACAAAACUGGACAGGAUGGACCAGAAGAAUGUGCUUAUCACCGGCUGCUCCUCUGGGAUCGGCCUGGCUCUGGCAGUCAGGCUCGCAAAAGAUGAGAAGAAGAGGUUCAUGGUUUAUGCCACCAUGAGGAACCUGAGUAAGGCCGAGCCGCUGAUCGAAGCAGCCGGCCGGACUCUGGGCAGAACCUUGGAGAUCAAGCAGCUGGAUGUCUGCUGUGAGGAAUCCGUUAAAGCCUGUGUGGACAGUUUACCUGAGCGCAGAGUGGACAUCCUCAUAAGUAAUGCUGGGAUGGGCCUGAUUGGACCCAUUGAGUGCCAGUCCCUGGAUGAGAUGAAGACUGUCAUGGACACCAACUUCUUUGGGCUGGUACGAUUGAUUAAGGAAAUCCUGCCUGACAUGAAAAAGAGGAAAAAAGGACACAUUGUGGUCAUUAGCAGCGUCAUGGGCAUCCAGGGAAUUUUAUUCAACGACAUCUACGCAGCAUCCAAGUUUGCGUUGGAGGGGUUUUGUGAAUGUUUGGCGGUGCAGGCCCUGAGGUUUAAGCUGAACAUCAGCCUGAUUGAGCCAGGCCCGGUGAUAACAGAGUUUGAGCGUAAAGUCUACGAAGACGGCCUGAAGAUUGAUCUCAGCAAGGCUGACAAAGUGACGGCUGACAUGUUCAAAAACAUGUACCUGAAGACUUUCAAAGAAAUCUUCGAAACCCUCGGGCAAUCUGCCGAGGACAUCGCGGAGCACACUUUCAAGAUCAUCACCAUGGACAACCCCCCCUUUCGUCAUCAGACCAACACUCUUUACACCCCCAUGACCACGCUUAAAUACGCCGACCCUACUGGUGACCUUCCCAUCGAGACGUUUUAUUCAAUGGUGUUUCAACACGAGAAGGUCUUUAACAUCAGCCUGAACCUCCUCAAGCUGCUGCGCUGGAGAAGCCGGAAGAGCUUUUCCCUGGAAAAGGACAACAACUGAUUUCCUUUAUUUGGUCAAAAGUUAAAUACAUUCGAUCAGUGGUUCCCAAACUUUUCAGAUUUUGUCCAUAGUGUUUUAGUCAAGACCAGUAUUUCCCAAAGUUGGGGUCGAGACCCAAAGUGGGGUCCUGAAACAUCAAGGUGGG